CGAAGUUUCAGUGUUCAAUCUCAGCUGGUGGUAUUGCCUCGUUCGAGUGUGUCUGUGUUUGUGCAUUUGAGGCCGGAGUGUUCGCUUGACAGACAGUUAGACAAUAUGGUACAUCUUCCAGAGGAUGCUCCUUCACCAAGACUAUGCUUGGUGGAGAAAGCAUCACCAGAUCAGGAAUAUGGCUACAAUCUACAUGCUGAAAAGGGACGUGGUCAGUAUGUCGGGAUGGUUGACAAGGGAUCCCCAGCCGAUCUUGGUGGACUUCGUAUGGGUGAUCGUAUAUUUGCCGUUAACGGACACAGUAUCAUCGGCGAGAGUCACAAGAAGGUCGUCGAACGAAUCAAAGAGAACGCUUUACGUUGCGAAAUGUUAGUGAUAUCCGAGGAGGGUGCAAGGUGGUAUCAAGAACACGGCAUCGAAAUUAAUAUGCAGUUGCCAAAUAUAAUAAAAGUUGGAGGCCAGGCUAGCCGACGAGGAACUCAAGCAAAUGGUAGCCCUCCGCCUGCUGCUGGCUGGUAUGCACCCAGCAACAAGACAGCCGAGCCGGUGUUCGUUGCACCACCACCUCCACACGAAGAGCCAAACAUGAACAAGCCAAGACCUCGUCUAUGUAAACUGGAGAAAUCUUCACAAUCCGAAGAAUUUGGCUUCAACCUACACGCAGAAAAAGGCCGUGGCCAUUUUAUUGGUACAGUUGACCAAGGUGGAAUUGGAGACCGAGCUGGUCUUCGAAUGGGCCAACGUAUUGUUGGAGUGAACGGUGUACUUGUAUAUCCGAACACUCCUCAUAAGGAGGUUGUUGCACAAAUCAAGCGUUCACCAUUACGUACUACAUUACUAGUUGCAUCAGAAGAAGUGGAUAAAUGGUAUAAAGAAAAUGGUCAAGAAUUUUCAUUCGAUUAUGCUGAAGAGCCAAACAGCCAAGUGGUUACGAAUCAAAUUAGCCCUCACAGCAUUCAAAUUAGCGACGAAGAAGAAAUUCCCGAACUUCGAUAUAAGGUACCACCCCAGUCCGAGGAUGUCGAUCAAAUUGAAGUGGAAGAAAUUCAUGAAGUGGAUUUACAACAACAUCAGUUUGGGACGCCCGAACCACAAGAACCCGUUGAACCUAUGGGUCCGCCAGCAAUGGUACAGAGACCAUCGGAACCCCCAGAACCCGCGGGCGAUCUUAUGGAACAAGUCUUUGCGGGUGUACCCCAAAUGGCUCACAUGGCUCCUGUAAGUGUGAUUGUGGAACCGCCCACGCCAAUUACGCUGGUGAGGGAUCCGGAACUUCCGCAGACGGACCUGGGAAUUGAACGUAAAAACACACAUGAAAGCGCUCGGGAGGCUGUGGAGGCUGUGGAAAAUCGGCCGGAUUAUGUACCUGCAUACCAGACACAACGUCAUGAUACACCGCCAACGUCACAAUUUUCACCAGCAAGCAAUGGAAGCAGUUUGAAUGGAUAUCAGAAUUCGACUGAAAGUGUAUCACCAAAGAAUGAUAAAUUCGAUAUCUUUGGUUUGUCUGCCCAAGAGGCACGUGAAAGACUACGCCAGCAGAAGAAGAAUAUACAUCGUGGAUUUGAUAUGUCCCUAGAAGAAAAAUACAGGCUGGUCAGCAACAUGUAAACGUCCCCCUAUAACGAGGUUUUGUGCUCCUUA